GUGCUUGUGGAGGAACGUGAGAGGAACUUGGACACAGGGAGUAUGAGGCUCUGGACCUUGGGCACCAAUAUUUUCCUAAGACUUUGGGGGACAUAUGUGUUUCCAGGAAGCACUGGCUGGAUGGACUUUAUCCAACAUUUGGGAGUUUGCUGCUUUGUGGCUUUCCUUUCGGCGAGCCUCCUCUCUGUAGCCUUCUACUGGAUCUUGCCAUCCGUUGCCCUGCUCUCUGCUGUCUGGAUGACCACUUGUGUUUUUCUGUGCUGUUCCAAGCGUGCACGAUGCUUCGUUCUUCUGGUCAUUCUCUCGUGUGGCCUCCGUGAAGGUAGAAACGCUUUGAUUGCGGCUGGCACUGGGGUAGUGAUCUUCGGACAUGUGGAAAAUAUUUUUUAUAACCUCAGAGGUCUCCUAGACAGCAUGACUUGCAACCUAAGAGCAAAAAGCUUUUCAACACAUUUUCCACUUUUAGAACGUUAUACUGAAGCCAUUCAGUGGAUUUAUGGCCUUGCCACACCGCUGAAUCUAUUUGAUGACCUUAUUUCUUGGAACCAGACUCUAGUGGUCUCCCUUUUUAGUCCCAGCCACGCCCUGGAGGCUCACAUGAAUGACACUAGAGGAGAAGUCCUGGGUGUCCUGCACCAUAUGGUGCUCACCACAGAGCUGCUAACUUCUGUGGGCCAGAAGCUGCUUGCCCUGGCCGGGCUUUUGCUCAUCCUAGUUAGCACUGGCCUCUUCCUGAAGCGAUUCCUGGGCCCUUGUGGCCAGAAGUAUGAGAAUAUCUACAUCACCAGACAAUUUGUUCUGUUUGAUGAGAAGGAGAGGUACCAACAGCGGCCCAGUGUCCUCCCGCUGAAUAAGAAGGAAAGGAAGAAAUAUGUCAUCAUCCCAUCUUUUCAGCUGACUCCCAAAGAGAGGAAAAACCUUGGGCUGUUUUUCCUUCCUGUCCUGACCUAUCUCUACCUGUGGGUGCUGUUCGCAGCUGUGGAUUAUCUACUGUAUCGGCUCAUUUCCUCCGUGAACAAACAGUUCCAAAGCUUGCCUGGGCUGGAAGUUCACCUGAAACUACGUGGAGAGAAGCAAGGCACUCAAGGAGUCAUCCAUGAUUCAACCUUUAAUAUAUCUAUGUUUGAACCAAGCUGCCUUCUUAAACCACGGCUCACUGUGUCUGAGACCUGGGUUCCUCUCAGUGUUAUUCUCUUGACACUAAUAAUACUAGGAUUGUUGUCUUCUAUGCUGAUGCAGCUUAAAAUUCUAGUGUCAGUCUCCUUCUACCCGGAAGUGGGGAGGGAGCGAAUUGAAUACCUCCACAGGAAGCUCCUUGAAAACCGAUCAAAGCAGCAACUGGGAGAAGCUGACUCUAGACUGAGCCUGUACUUUACAAAGCUUCACUUCUGGUUUCCAGUCCUGAAAAUGAUUGGGAAGAAACAUACGAUCCCUGCAAAUGAAACUGACUGUGAGCAGCACAGUCCCUCUUCCUGGGUCAGCUGCUGCGGCUCACAGUCGUCUACUCAACAAGAGAAGGCUAUAUGAGAUGGUCUACAGAUGUUUGAGUUUGCAAGACUGCCUUUCCCUCUGGUUAUUCUUCAAGCUACUUGUCAAUCAUAAUGCCAAAUUGCCCUUCAGUAAAUGGUUUUUUCGUCUGUCUUCCAAACAAAACGCAGUAUCUAGACUGUGUCAUGGUUGACACUAUGGUGAUGGUUGGCAUGAAAAGGCCCUCCAGAGGCUCAGAUGUUUGAAAACUUGGUUCCCAGUUAGUGCAGUUUGGGGGAGGCUUACUAGGUGUGGUUUUGUUGGACAAAGUGUGUCCCCAGAGGGGUGUUUUGCAGUUUUAAAAACCAUGUGCUAAUUCCUGUUCGUUCUGCUUCCUACCCGUGGCUGGAGAUGUGAGGUCUCAGCUGUCACUGCCUCCAAGUCUGUCACUGUAGUUCCCCACUGUGCUGGUGAUGGAGUCUUACCUCUCUGGAACCUUAAACCCAAAUAAACCCUUCCUUCUA